AUGGAAAUGGCGUCAAGUCCUCGCUCCGUUGAAGAGAUCUUCAAAGAUUUCAGUGCUCGUCGAGACGGAAUCGUUCGCGCUUUAACUCAAGAUGUCGAUGAAUUCUACACUCUCUGUGAUCCAGAUAAGGAUAACUUGUGCCUGUAUGGACAUUCGAAUGAAUCAUGGGAAGUGACUCUUCCAGCAGAGGAGGUUCCACCUGAGCUUCCGGAACCAGCUCUUGGAAUCAAUUUUGCCAGGGAUGGCAUGAACCGUAGGGAUUGGCUAUCUCUUGUUGCUGUGCACAGUGAUUCAUGGUUGCUUUCUGUGGCUUUUUAUCUCGGAGCUCGUCUUAAUCGCAAUGAAAGGAAACGUUUAUUUAGCUUGAUCAAUGAGCUUCCAACUGUGUUUGAAGUUGUAACUGACAGGAAGCCAGUAAAGGACAACAAGCCCACUGUUGACAGUGGAAGCAAAUCUCGGGGCAGCACCAAGAGAUCAAGUGACGGGCAAGUCAAAAGCAUCCCAAAGUUGGCAGAUGAUCAAGGUUACGAGGAGGAAGAAGAUGAGCACAGUGAAACCCUUUGCGGGAGCUGCGGUGGAAACUACAACGCGGAUGAAUUUUGGAUUGGCUGUGAUAUAUGCGAGAGGUGGUACCAUGGGAAGUGCGUGAAGAUUACUCCUGCAAAAGCUGAGAGCAUAAAGCAAUACAAAUGUCCAUCAUGCAGCAUGAAGAGAGGCAGGCCCUAA